AUGAAGGCUCUUCAGAUCACGACCCACGGCCACCCCCAGGUGCAGAAAGUCCAGGUGCUCGUCGACGUGUACGCGGCCGGCCUGAACUUCUUCGACAUCCUGCAGGCGCAGAACAAGUACCAGAACCAGCCCCCUCUGCCCUUCACGCUUGGCGCCGAGUUUGCAGGCCGGAUCGCAAAGGACUCGCCCAUCCCGGCCGGAUGCAACUUCAAGCCCGGCGACCGCGUCUUCGGCUCUGGGCAGGGCAGCUACGCCGAGCAGAUUGCGAUCGACUACUUCCGCCUCGUGCCGAUGCCGUCCAACAUCUCCUUCGAGCAGGCUGCGGGUAUCUACGUCACGAUCCCGACGUCGUAUGAGGGCCUGGUCGGGCGCGCGAACACGCAGCCUGGGGAGUGGGUGCUCGUGCACGCCGCCGCGGGCGGAGUGGGCAUCGCGGCCGUGCAGGUUGCCAAGGCUUUGGGUGCGCGUGUGAUUGCCGCAGCUGGAUCCGAGGAGAAGCGGCAGAUCGCGAAGAAGUGCGGCGCAGACUAUGCGAUGGACUAUAACGCGCCGGGGUGGCAGGACGAGGUCAAGAAGAUCACGGACGGGCACGGCGUCGACGUCGUGUACGACCCGGUUGGGCUGCUCGUGCCCUCGCUCAAGUGCAUUGCGUGGAACGGCCGCCUCAUCGUCGUCGGCUUCGCGGCCGGCACGAUCGAGAAGAUCCCCGCCAACCUCGUCCUGCUCAAGAAUGUCUCCAUCGUCGGCCUGCAUUGGGGCGCGACCGCGCUCAAGGACCCGAAGAGGUACUUUGAGGUCAUUGACGAGGUCAUGAAGAUGAUCUCGUCUGGACGGCUCAUUCCCCAGGUCUACGACCCUGUCUACGAGGGCCUCGAGCAGGUCACCACCGGCCUUAAGGACCUCGAGGACCGCAAGACGUGGGGUAAGGCUGUCGUUCGCGUGCGUCACGACGACAAGGCCAAGCUCUAA